UUUCUUUGACUUGAUGAUCUGGAAUAUUAGACUAAAUACGAAUCUGGGUUUCUGUGUUGUCUUGAGUGAGUUUUAACCUGUCUUUGUCAUCUUUUUUCACAGUUUUGAUGACGUUCAGUUUAGCAGGUAUAAACAUAUUUUCUCGCUGCUGAAUCUACACAGCUGACAUUCAGUCAAAUCUUUGAGUCAAGGUUAAGAAGAUUCACCAGCAGGUAUCUUUAGUCAUGGACGUGGCAAACAUUAAGGCCCUGUAUGAGGAGCGGGGAUAUCUGUCAUCUCUUUCUGUCCUGAGUGCAGAGGAGCUCCAGAAGGCUCGAGACGCUUUUGCUGAGCUGGAGAGAAAACAUGGUGAAGAAUACACCGCUUACAGCCUUCACAACAUUCAUAUGGAGUGUGAUUGGGUAAUGGCCCUCGCCAAGCACCCUAAGCUUCUAGAGGUGGUGACAGCAGCUUUAGGCCCGGACGUCCUCCUGCUCGACUCCAGAUUCAUCUGCAAAUAUCCAGUGACUAAAAAGCGACAGAAUAAUGCCAUCAUCAACCACUGUGACGGGAAAAAAGAAGCAGAUUCCAACGAGAAAGAUGGCAUGCCGUUUGUGGCCUGGCAUCAGGACAUGAAGUACUGGGGUUUUGAUGGAGGUCCAGUUUUGUCAGUCUGGCUUUCCCUGGACGAUUCACUCGAGGACAAUGGAGCCUUGCAGGUUAUUCCAGGAAGUCAUCGUUCCGGUCUUCUGCCUCAUUACCAAUCCAAACGAGCCGGUAACAUGUUGAGUGUCAAUCAAGAAAUCCCAGAAGAGCUGGUGGAGACUGAGAAAGCAGUCUUAUGUCCUCUGUUAGCUGGUCAGAUGUCUGUCCAUGAUGGACUUCUGGUUCAUGCCAGUGAUCCGAACACGUCCAACAGGAGGCGCUGUGGAUAUGUCAUUCGUUACGUACCCACGUGUACUUAUCCAAUCCAGGACCUUGAACGGCCCAGGACUUUCCCUGCUACGGUGCUGGUCAGUGGAUUUGACAAAUACAAGCACUUCUCUAAGCAAAUCUUCAAUGUAUGAGGCUUGAAUUAAGGAUUACAGUAUAUUUAAGAUGGGUGCUUUGGCAAAAUGAUCAACAUAAGCACUUUGAAUACACUAUACAUCAUUUUGGGGCUUUAACUAUUUCAUUAUUUUCUUCACAAGAAGUACACUUGUACCUGUGUAUUGUAAUCGUGUAAUUUCCAUGCUUUUCGGGAAAUGAAAAGUUAUUUAAAAAGUAAUGAUUUGAUUUAGCCUUAAACUGACUAGUCUUGUU